CUGUGCCAGGUCACAUCAGUGCUCCCUCACACUGUCUUUCCAAACAACUCAAGAGGUGGGUGAGCCACCAGUACACCAGAGGAAGGGCUCCUGGGCUGUGGUGUGAAGAGAGGAAACCCCAGAUCACAGAGCAGUGUGUUGGGCAGCUGGCAGGAAUGGCAGUAUUGGUAUGAAGUUUAAAGUUCACCUAGGAAGCAAGAAAGGAAGAAGGUAGCUGUGGAAAAUGAGAGUUGGGGUGCUGUGGCUCAUCUCUUUCUUCACUUUUACUGAGGGCUACUGCAGCCACCUGGGGCAUAGAAAUGAUGGCAUCAAAACAAAAAGAACACUCAGAGUGGAUGAGAAAAAGCAUGCAGGCCAGGAAUAUGAGCUGCUGCUUCAGGUGACCUAUAGAAAUUCCAAGGAGAAGAGAUACUUGGAAGAGAGUUUUCAGAAGCUCUUGAAGUCUCCAUUGUCAUGCUGGCAUGGCCUAACACAGAUUAACAGGGUGAAGGCCACUACGCACUGUGGCAGCCUAAAUGGGGGCCUGCGAUGUGCCUGUGAAGACGGUUACACCUGGUUUUCUCCCUCGUGCCUCGAUCCCCAGAACUGCUACCUGCGCACGACUGGAUCCCUUCCAAGCUGUGAAUGCCAUCUCAACAACCUCAACCUCAGCGUCAACUUCUGUGAGAGAGCAAAGGUUUGGGGCACUUUCAAAAUUAAUGAAAGAUUUUCCAAAGAUCUUUUGAAUUCAUCUUCUGUUUUAUACUCCAAAUACACAACUGAAAUUGAACAUCAACUUAAAGAAGUAUUCAAGGAAAUUCAAAGUUUUGAGUCAGUUCAGGUCACCCAAUUUCGAGAAGGAAGCAUCAUUGUUGGUUAUGAAGUCAUUGGCUCUAGCAACACCUCUGAACUGCUGUCUGCCAUUGAGCAGGUGGCUGAGAAGGCAAAGGCAGCCCUUGGCAAGGUAUUUCCACUAGAAGACAGCUCCUUCAGAGUAUCCAGGAAAGUGCAGUGCGACAGCAUUUCCUUUGGCUUUGGGUUUGAGAAUGAUGAGUACGUCAUGUCCUGCAGCAGUGGCUAUACUGGGAACAUCACAGCCAGGUGUCUAUCCUCUGGGUGGCAGGUCAUCAGGGAAUCCUGUGUGCUCUUUGCACUGGAAGAAUUGCAGAAGAAUUUCAGUGUGAUUGCAGGCAAUGUCACUGAGUCAGACGUGUCAUCUGUGGUGCAAAACCUUUCAACCAUCAUUCAGCAAAGUCCAUCAACUACAGUUGGAAAUCUGGCCUCAGUGGUGUCAAUUCUGAGCAGUGUUUCAUCCCUAUCACUGGCAAAACAUUUCAAAGUGUCUAAUUCAACACUGACGGGUGUCAUCAGUAUAGCUGAUCAUAUUCUUAAUUCAGCAUCAAUAGCUAAUUGGACAAUUUUAUUGCAAGAAGAAAAGCAUGUCAGCUCACAGUUACUAGAGGCAUUGGAAAACAUAAGCAUUCUGGUACCUCCGACUGCUCUGCCUCUCAAUUUUUCUGGAGAAUUCAUUGACUGGAAAGGGAUUCCAAUGAACCAAAGCCAACAAAAACAGUAUUACAAUUAUGAGAUUAAAAUGUUUUCCAAAAAUAUCUCCACUCCCAUCAUGGGCCAUGUGUUAAUUAAGUCAGACCAAUUCCAGAAAUCCCUUCCAGAAACGAUUAUAAGCAUGACCUCAUUGACCUUCGGAAACAUACUACCCAUUACCAAAAAUGGAAAUGCUCAAGUCAACGGGCCUGUGAUAGCCACGCUUAUCAGAAACUAUUCCAUAGAUGAAAUAUUCCUGAAGUUCUCCAAGAUAGAGGCAAACCUGAGCCAGCCUCAGUGUGUGUUCUGGGAUUUCAAUCACCUGCAGUGGAGCAAUGCAGGUUGCCACCUAUUAAAUGAAACUUCAGACAAGGUGAUGUGCCGAUGUACUCACCUGACCUCUUUCUCCAUGCUAAUGUCACCGUUUGUUCCCCCUGUGAUUGUCCCUGUUGUGAAAUGGAUCACCUAUGUGGGACUGGGUGUUUCCAUUGGCAGUCUCAUCUUAUGCUUGAUCAUCGAGGCUCUGUUUUGGAAGCAGACCAAGAAAAGCCAAACCUCAUACACACGUCAUAUUUGCAUGGUGAACAUAGCUCUGUCCCUUUUGAUUGCUGAUGUUUGGUUUAUUGUUGCUGCCACUGUGGACACCACUGUAAACCCUUCUGGAGUCUGCAUAGCUGCGGUGUUCUUUACACACUUCUUCUACCUCUCCUUGCUCUUUUGGAUGCUCACGCUUGGCAUCCUGCUGGCUUAUCGAAUUAUCUUCGUGUUCCAUCACAUAGCUUUGUCUCUGAUGAUGGCAAUUGGCUUCUGCCUGGGCUAUGGAUGCCCUCUUGUUAUAUCUGUCAUCACUAUUGCUGUCACACAACCUAGCAAUAGUUACAAAAGAAAAGAUGUUUGUUGGCUUAACUGGUCCAAUGGGAGCAAACCUCUCUUGGCUUUUGCUGUCCCUGCCUUGAUUAUUGUGGCUGUGAAUUUAGUUGUGGUGAUAUUAGUUCUGAGGAAGCUCUGGAGGCCAGCUAUUGGAGAAAGACUGAAUCAGGAUGACAAGGCUACUGUCAUCCGCAUGGGAAAGAGCCUGCUCAUUCUGGCCCCUCUGCUAGGACUCACCUGGGGCUUUGGUCUAGGAACAAUGGUGGACAGCCAGAAUCUGGCUUGGCAUGUUCUUUUUGCUGUAUUCAAUGCAUUCCAGGGCUUUUUUAUCUUCUGUUUUGGAAUUCUGUUGGACACUAAGCUGCGACAACUUUUGUUCAAUAAGUUGCUUUCAUUAAGCUCUGGGAAGCAAACAUUAAAGCAAAACUCAUCAGAUGUAGCUCUCAAACCCAGAUGCCUCAAACCUCUCGAACUACUACGAAACAAAGGCUCUUACUCACUUUCUCAUACUGGAGAGUCUUCUACCAACAUCACACUAACUCAGUUUUUAUCAAAUGAAUGAGGCCAGGAACCAUGAAAUCAAGGACGAGUGUUCUGGAGCAACCUGACAUUUAGAGCUAAGUGCCAGUGAAGAAGUGAUACUUAAAAUCAAAUGUGGUUUUCUGACUUCAGAGUCUGGGAAUAAAACAGAUGGUCUCAGUGGCCUUAUCACUGCUUCCUUUAAUAAUUAAAUGGAAAAAAAAAACUAUUUCCAGGUGGUUUCAUUUAAAGAAAUUGCUCUAUAAAUGCAAAAGUAUCUUUUGUUGGAAAGUGUGUCAUUUUUAUCUUCUUUUGACAAGCACAAAAUAUAGUUUUCUUUUUUCAUAA